AUGCAGCCUACAUUACAUAUCGUAAUGAACAGGAAGCAUCAAUGGCCAUACUAGUAAGCAUUUUACAAUAACUUAUCGGCUUGUGAAGGAUUUCCUUUGCAUGAAAGAUUGGUCAAAGCCUCUUUUGGAACCACCAAAUACUGUACCAAUUUCUUGAAAGGACAACAGUGUAAAAUCAAAGAUUGUGUUUAUUUGCACUAACAUCCAAAAGACAAGGAAUCAACAUAAGUUAUUAAAAAAGUACUAAUACUCCUUUAUCUCACCUUAGGAAGAAAUGAACAAUUCCAAAUGGUUAUUCUCUUACUCUCAAAGAUUAGCUUAAAUCAAUUUCAAAAAAUUCUACACCAAAAUUAAUUACAAAGCUGCUCUUUAAAAAUCCAUCUUUCUGAACACCCAAAAUAUACUAGACCGAAUGAUAGCCUAUAAAAUAGUCGAUCGUCAUUUGGACUAGCCUCAACAACAACACACCAAUGAGGAGACUAUGUUGAUGCAACAUCCACAGUAGUUCUCUGAAAAAUCGGUUGAAACUAUUUCCCCUUAAAAAACAUUGGAUAUGGAGAAGAGAUUGGAAGAUAUCAUUCAAAAGAGUAUCUUUCUAAUCUUAUUUAGUGGAUGGAGAUAGUAAUUCCAGGUUCAAAUUCACAACUGCUACAAAUGUUCCAGAAGAUUACGAAGCUAUAAAUCAAUUAAAGUAGUUUAUUCUAAAAUGA